UUGAUUUCUGGGCUCCGUUGUCCUUCUGUAUUGCCGAUUUCUAGAUGAAAAGAGGCGCCAGUACAAUUUCAGCUAAUUGCGCUAUACAUUAUCAUUGCGACCAUCUGGUGCUCGAGAGUAAUUGGGUGAUGUGUAGUUGUCCUCACAUCUGAGUACUUACUUCUAACUUCGCUGCUCAGCAACUACGUAGCAUCGAGUUAUUCGAAAAAUGGCGAAGCAAUUCAACGCGAAAUGGGCCGACCAGGUUAUGAUGUGUUUUCCGCGUUUCAUUCGCUACCCCAACAUCAAGGACGAGCGCAUAAUGGCAGACGCGGAGAAGAUGAACGCAAACCCAGCCAGCCAAGCACUGCGAGACAGAGUCGUCGCUGAGGUCCGUGGCAAGCUUGAAGCCGCCAUCAGUACCGAUGCGCAGUCCAAGCAAGCUCUUCAAAAAGUUCUUUCUAGCCCCGACGUGAGCACGGAGCUGCAGGUCAAGAAGAUUGAGGUCGACCCCAGCGGCUUACCCUUUCCUUCGAUGAUGAGCUGCGUGGUCAUGGAUCCAGUAAAGAACAACGAGUUCUUUUGAUGACGAGCUGACCCUCCGCAUGUCCCGCGGUGGUGGUGGAGGUGCGAGUGUGAAAAGGCUGGUCGCUUGGAAAACGGGCGGUCGGCCGAGUUCUUGAUCGGGGAGACCGUGUCCGCGAGCUUGAAGACAAGAAGACUAGUAUUGCUACUGCUACUCGGUGAAUCUAGUCACUUUGAUGUGAUUUCGAGCUCGACGACACCAGGUGGAAACUGUGAGGAAAGAUUCGACCCUUCCUCCUCGGGCAGAUAACAUCGUCAGCAAUUUCCCCGGGAGGUAACAAGAACAUACGUAGUAGCAGCGACCGAGCGGAGAAAACUCGCAGCUCGCCUUCCCGUCGUUCUGGUGUGAGGCUCGGGGGUCGACAACAGAAUUGAAAAUGAAGGAAGACCUUCAGGCACCUUGAAGCUGUCGACUCGGACUGCACAUUCAAAUGUACCAACGGAAUGCGAAUGUGAGCCAGCUGCUGCGGUUGUACACGGUUCAGCAGCUCUACGGAGGAGACGAAAUAAACGGACUGUCGUGCUGUUCAGGAAGACAGAAAAAACAUAGAUCCGUGGGCACCAGGCUAUCUCGACUGCUAGCAAUUGCAAUGAUUCAGCCCUUGAGAGUACCGCAGGCGCAGAUGUUGCCUUUUUGGCUACGUGAAUCGAAAAGACUAAUUUCAAGGAAAGACAAUAAAUGAGAGGAAAAGAAAAUAAUCCCGAGUCGGGGGCAUGAUGUAGAUGUGAGCACCAAGGCUUUGGUGUAGCUCCUUAGACUCCCCUGCACUAGUAACUAUCUUACACAGACGACAACAUUAGCAGAUGUGUAUCAUCGGCGCCAGUGAAUAAAGUUUUCAACUUUUUACGUAAGCGCUUCAAAAAAAGAAUACGAAUAGAUCGACGACGGCGCAUGGCUCGGUUCUUCUUUGUGUUUCUGUUUGCCAAGGCCAACGGCAAUGCGAAUUUCCAUUGAGCGUUGAUAAUGAGAAGAGAGGGUAUUAGUAUUUCUCUGCAGCUCCACCGCGACCAGCAGCCUCUUCUUUAAAAAUGUUCUAGUCAAUGUCUAGUUUUAUCUUCAUCUUGAGUGAUUCAGAUUCUUCAUCCGUGCCGUAGCCGUUCUUGUUUAGGACAGCAUUAUUUAUAGUUUCAUUUUUUUGCUGAUUGCUAUAAAAAAUAAAACACCCAGGAAACAAAAGACCGAGUGAGGGGGUCACUUACCGGCGCGACGAGAGAGCUGUUACUGUUGGAGCCACAUGCGCAUGGCGAAAAAUCAUAUAAAAGUUCUCCUGCAGCUCUACCUCUUGAUCGUCGUUCUCUUUCUCCUCUGCUUCCUUAUCGAGAGCCACACCAGUAAGUGAAGCAUAUAUAGCAAAUAUGUGAGCCGUGAUUUUACAUCCACCUGGUUGGCCUGUGCUUGGAUUUUGUCCGCGCUCGUUCGUUUCAAGAUGAAGACCGCAGCGGGUUCUCCGAUUGGAAAUGGCAACGGGAGCGCGUUUGGCGGAGGAAAAAAGCGGCGCGAUGCUCCGACGAGCGGGCCUGCCCGAGUGUAGGCAGCGUCGCGAAGGUUUAUGGCCGCCGGCCUGUGGCCUUGCAGCAGACAGAUCGCGCGCCAGCCUUGCUGCCCACGGCUGAGCAGAGGGACAGCUGGGAGAGAGGCCGGAAAUUCCCGCUGCGGCGCCCGGCGCGCCUGCUACGUGUAAGACGGACUUUUGCUACUCGUGUGGCGAGAGUGGAGCGCCGCCGCUCAGCUGUGUGCCCC